GCGGCGGGAGAAGGGGGAGCCCGUGGCCGGGGCCGUGCCCGGGGCCGGGGCCGGGGGAGGGAGGGCAUCGCCCGCCCGCCCCGCCGGGAGAGAGCGCCGGGAGCCGCGCCGGGACGGCCGCGCCGAGGCACCAUGCGGGCUGCGGGGCUGCUGCCGCUGCUGCUGCUGCUCGGUGUCAGCUCUCAGGAUGACACAGACCCAGGAAAAGCCUCGACCACCACAACCACAAACAUCCCCACGACGCCCAAGUCUGCAAACGCUAGAGAGACCUCACCAACCCGCCCUGCACCACCACCUGCCACACUCCAAGCCACCACCACCACGGCUCAGCCCACUGUGGUUGCGACCAACCCUGCUCAAAGCAUCAUCAUCACAACCAAACCAGGAACGUCUCCGUCCCCCACCACCCCAUCACCUACCACAGCGGCUGGGGCCAGCCCCACAACAGUGCGGGGCACCUUGCCUGCCACCACCACCCCAUCCCACAUAUCUGGGCAGGACAGCUCCUCACACAGCACCACUAACUCCAAAACCACCGCUGCUGCAAGCCCCACUACUUUACAGCAGCCGGGUACUACAGCCAGCUCCGGAAGCUCAGGCACCACCGCUGCUGCAAAAUCCAUCCUCACUGAUGCAGCCAGUCCUCCAGGAGCUGUAGGGGCUGUUGGCACAUCCUCUCCCACAACAGCGUCUCAGGGAAAGCAGCCUUUGGAUCAUUUGCAUAAAACCACUGUGAGCACCGCAGUGCCGAGGACUGACCCUUCCCAAAGCUCCAAGGAGUGUGUUGUCCCUGAUCCGCAUUGUCCUACAAAGCAGCCUCCUCCUUCUUCCAGUUCUCCAGCCCAGGGACCAAUCCCUUCCACCAGUUCUGGAAGCACCAAAACUUUUGUUACCCCUCCGACUGGAUCCUCAUCCCUUCCCUCCACCCCGACGCCACAACCUGGCAGCAAAGGCACCAUCCCAGAGGCAGCCACCAGGACAGCUCCUGGGGCAGACCAGAGUACCCAGGACGCUGGAUCUGCAUCAGCCAAACCCACCAGUGCCUCCCAGAGCCCUGCCAGUGCCCAGCCUCCAGCCCCAGGAGACCAGACAGACCAGGCAGAGGGCUGCACUUCUGGCCACCCACAACCCAACAUUUCUUCCUCAAACGAGGAUGAGUGGACGACUGCCAGCAAGAACAACUCCUUCUUUGAGAGCUUCUGCUCCACGGCCCAGCACGUGUUUGAUGCCAGCAGGGACAACUGCAAGGUGAUGCUGACGGCCUGCAAGAGCCCCUCCAGCCACUGGGCCGUGCGGGUGGUCCUGCACCUUCCCUUGGACUCUGAAGAAGUCCUCGGAAAGCUGAAGGAGAAGAAGGACAUGUUAGAGGAGCUCGGCAUUGUCAACAUCACCUCUGACAAAAUGGUGGAGGACAUGACCAUCAACGACGAGUUCAGCACGCCCCUGAUCAUCACCAUCAUCACCCUGGCCGGGUCCCUGCUGCUCGUCGCGACCAUCUACGGCUGCCACCAGCGCUUCUCCCAAAAGAAGGACCAGAACAUCCACCCUGAUGUCCCCGGGUUUGAUGAUGGACAUGUGGCCCUGAUCUUUAAUCAGCGCCUGACCGAGGAGAUGCAGACCAUGGAGAACGGCUACCACGACAACCCCACGCUGGAGGUGAUGGAGACCUCCUCCGAAAUGCAGGAGAAGAAGGUGAACCUCAACGGAGAGCUGGGGGACAGCUGGAUCGUUCCUCUGGACACCCUCAUGAAGGAGGACCUGGAGGAAGAGGAGGACACGCAUUUAUAGGAUGCAGAACUUGAUCAAGAGAAAAACAACCACCCCCCCAAAAGAAAACCCCAUAAACCCUACACACAUGCACACAGACCUCCAAAAUAAGGCAAAAUUCCCCCCAAAAAGCAGAAAAUCCCUUAAUGAACUAAUCGUGGCCCCUCGUGCCACCACAGGGGGUGCAAGAUGGAAGAGAAAAGGACAUGAGAAGACACCUCUGGGGCACAACAACACAAGCCACUUUGGGGGCUACAUCUGGCCAAGCAUCCUCCAACCCCCACCCACCUCCCACGCCAGACCUGACCAGCCAUGGGCAAACAGGGUGGCUUUGCUCCUGAAGAGCUGCUGGUGUCUCCUCCAAGCAUGUCCCUUCCCAUCCCACAUCUGACCACUCCAGCCACAUCCUCCAGCUACUGAGUGACUCAAAAAUCAAGAGAAAUAAAAUAAAUAGGGUGGGAGAUGGAGUGCAUCUGACAGCAAAGCAGCACCUGGCAAUUACAGCUCGACAAAUCCUCUGGCCCACGCUGUUUAGUCAUCGCCCUGCCCUCCCUGACACCUAGGUAGUGAAUGAAAAAUGCUGGAACAGCCUGUUCCUUUUUAAUCCAGUUUCCAGCCCCUCCUCAGAGCUGAAACGCACAAGAGCCCCUCGUUGUGCCAUAGGCAAAAGGAUGCACCCAGACCCAGUGGGAUGGCAGGGAUGCAGCAGUGCCAAGUGAUGCUCAGCCCCCGUGCCAAGGGCUGAGGAACAGAUCCUGCACCCACCUGGAGACCGAGAAAGGUGCAGCAGCUUCUUGUUUUGAAAGGAUGAGAUGGAGGGAGAGGAAAAGGAGGAAUUCCUUGAGUUCAUCACUCUAGGAAGGGUGUCGAGAGCAAGAGCGAUGCCUGGUCUCCAGCCCAGGUGUGAUGCUGGGGGUUUUGUGGUGCAGGAGCUCAGCUCUGGUGCUGCACUUCCCUCUGGAAGGAUCACUUGCCUUCCAGGAAUUACACAGCAGCAUCUCACAGCCCUCAUCCAUCCUCCACGAGACUGUGGGACACACACACCACGACGGUUUGUGAUGUUUGAGGGCGCAUUUUCCUGUGUGAGCAGCAGAAGAGGUGGAGGAGCAGCAGAACGUGAACCAGGGAGCUCAGUGGCAUUCAGGUGGCCUUGGUGUUUCACACCCUCAAGGUUUAAAAGCUCAGCCUCCAGCUCUUCUUCACAAGCCACUAAAAUAACAGAGACCUGCAAAGCAACUUCCAGCUCAGCAGCGAAGCUGGGACUGAGCUUUGUCCUGCAGCCAGGUCUCCCUUUGCUGAAGCCUUUAAACGGGAGAAGAAAAACAUGGCUGGACUGAGGCCAUUUCUGGAUUUGACUCCUCACCACAGCUCCUAAAUGGCUCUAAAAGGCUGGGGAGAGGUUCAUGCCUUUGCUCUGGUGAAGCAGCUCAGUCCUGGAAGAGGCAGGGAUCAUCCUCCAGCUGGGGUCCAUCCUCCAGCACACGAGGACCAGAAGGUCACUUGGCUGAGUCUCUCUCCCAGUGUGAGGAUGGUGCUUGUCCCAAACCCUCUGCAAGCCAGAGGAGCUGCAGACAAGAGCAAGGCCCUUCUCCUCUAUUGCCAUAAACCAAGGCACAAUGGGGAGAUUUCCUCUGGGCUCUGCCACCAAGCCAACCCGACUGGGAUCUGCUCCCAUGGCUGCCCUGAAUGAGGGGAAAAGCAGAGCCAAGCUAUGGGAAGCUUGGAGAAACCCUGGUGGAGUUGGGAGUACUCAGGAAGGAGGAGAUUGGGGUGUUUCGUUCAGCCACAGGACAGGCACUGGCAGAAGAUACAAGUGGCUCUUCCCCCUUCUGUCCUGCACUGAAGGGGAGAGUCUGAAGUGUUCAAACCUUUCUAUUUUUGUAUGUAAAUAUUCCUGCUAUUCAUUAGCAAUGUAUUCCGCACACUUCACUUACCUGUGCACUGCACUAUGGGGAAGUAAUUUUGGAGGGGAGGGGAAAUAACAACUAAAACAAAUUAAAAAAAAAACAAACCUUUAAAAUCUUAAAAAUAAAAAAAUAAAGAAAAAGCUAAAUGCCAGCCUGGUAGGAGAAUAAAAUUUGACAUGAAGCAGAAAAACACCUUUUGCCCAAGUAACUUUGUGCCAUAGGUUCGUCCCUGUUCUGGCAGCAUCAAGUUCAGCUCUUUAACACAGCCAUGAGUCCCAGAGAAUGGGACUCAACAUCCACAACUGCUCUUGUGAGCAGUGUGGCCUCCCAGCUGCCCCGACAGACAAGCAGCAGGUCCAUGACCUCACAUUUCUGUCCUUCCCAGAAAACAAACACAGGGAAAACACAGGGCAGCAGUGAUGCUGUGGCCACCGGGGCUGGAGUUGUCACAAGGACACCUCUGGCAGGGCAUCUCCAGGCUUUGGCAUGUGCCUAAAGAUUCCCCCUUCCCAGCAAAGAAAUGCCAAAGUGCUUUAAUGAGUCAGGUCCAAAGACUUUCCAAGAGAAUCCUACAGAGGCUUGAGAUCAAGUAACCUUAAAUCUUUCCGAGCAGAGACCAGUGAGGAUAUUAACUGCUCAGCAAGUGCUUAUAGUGAUUUAUAUUUGAAUAGGAAUUGUACAUUUAUUUAUUUUUCCAGACACCAUAUUUUUAAACCACUAAUAUUUUAUAGUAGAUUUUCCUUCCCCUAUUUAAAAGAACUAUUUCCACAGGAAAAGAAAACAGUACUUUUUGUUUUUUUUAAUGUUGAGAACAUUCUUUUUUUGGAAAAAAAAAAAAAAUCAGGUAGGAAAUGCAGCAAUGAGCAUCUUUGGCCUUAACCCUUCCCUUCGUAGACUGUAGCCAUAAUUGUUAGACCAAAAAUAAUAAAUAAAAAUAAAAGAUUUACCGAGGCAUUUCCUUCCUCCCUGCCCCUCCUCCCUUCCCUGCGCUCCUCUUCUCUGCCCCAAAACAGCUUUAACAUCCCACACAUUGUACAAAGAGAUUCCUGCUCUUACCUUUCGGCGAGAGCUUUACAAGCAGCUCAGAUGUCCUUGCAAGAGACUUUUCUAUUUUCAGAUUCAAGAGGAAAUGUGUAAAUACUUUAGGAGCAUUUUAUUUCCCGCUCGCAGUGCCAUGACCCAGCUGAUGAGGUUGAUACUGUGACUGCUGCCUACAGAAGACACACAGAAGUCAUAAUCCAUGAGGGACUGGUGAAGGAAAACUUAAUUCCCCAGGUGGUUACCUGUUGAACCUUGCACAUAUAGCAGAGCUCUUACAUACUGUCUGUAGCAACACCUCUCACGGGGACAGGAGUCUGAUUUACACUGGAAUUUACUGAGGAACUGGAUUGUAAGAGAUUAUUCUUGCAUUUUCCUACAAAUAUAUUUUGAGAGCAUCAUGUAUUUCUGUCAAUAAAUAUUCUUAUGUAAAAGA